ACUCAAUGAUAUUGGAAUAGAUUCUGUACUAUAAAUAUGUUAAGGUUAACAAGUACUUCAUCCUUCGGGAACAUCCAUUCCCUCCAUUGUUCACAUCAAUGCACUACAACGUUUUUUGUUAUUCACUACCUCUUUCCGAUUCCAUCAAUAGAGGACGCUGCCAUAGUGAUGAAGGGUCGACGUCGACUCUCUAACCGCUAGAAUAGACAAUGACAAGCAAAUAUGAACUGUGAAAGUUGAACGUGCAAGAAAGUAAACUUUUUUUUUGGGUUGAAGAAUGUAUGCAGCAGAGUAUGAUCCUCAUCUUCUUCGGUGAGUAAAGUGCUAUGAUGUGGUUGUAGUGAUUGAGAACUUGUAUUUAUUUGAGCUAGUCUUUUCGACAUUGGACGACUCUCCUGACAUCCUUAAAUAAACGUAUCCGAGAAACAAUGAAAAUGAACUCCAUCAGCCGUACUAAUAAAUGCAAGUAAUUUAAAGGGCUAUGAGUAUGAUUCUUGAUCAAUUAUUGUGAUGUUGAACAAGUUGAACAGAAAUUAUGCAUCACAAAACAAGUGGAAGAAGUGCCGCUGCAGCAAGCAUCAAUAAUGAUUACUUCAAAAAACUAUCUAUGAAUUGCUACAGCACGAAUAUCAUGCAUCUCUUAGAAAAUAUAUUUGAGACAACAACAAAUGAUCUUCAAAGUCUACUAGUUCUAGUAGAAACAACAAAAUUAAAAAAAGUAGAAGUUAGAACAAUCAACAACGAAGAAGUCAACAUCAAUCCUGAGUACUUCUUGGUGACUGUGACUAAAGCUAAACAGUAUUAUGUCUGAUUUGAUAGAACUUCUCUUCCUCUUUUGCUUCUCCAAGACACAGGAGAAUGACCAUCAUUCUAUGUGUAGGUAUUUUCCUGGCUCUUAUCUAACGGUAACGCAUCAACGCUCUCAUACUUACUACAGAACCAUCAACGAGGGGAAAAAUGAUCCCGAAGCUUCUAACAGCCCUAAUUUUGUACGACGGAGGAAUAUACGAAGACGAGGGAAGGAAAUCCGUCAUCCUUGUGAGGAAGAUUCAACCUUGUGAAGAAGAUACUUGAUUUCGACAGAAGGACGAGUAUAUCUAGGUAAAUGCGAGCAGUGUGAGACGAGUCGUCUGUCAAGAUAUGAU